AACCUGUUCUUUUUCCUCCAUGUCGUCGCCAAUUCACAACGUGGAUGAACUCCCCGAAGAUCCAAGCUUGCGGGAAACUGAAUCCCAGUCGCAGACCCAGCACCAAGUGGUCCCCUCGUCUCCCUUGUUCUUCAACUCAUCGUCUUCUCAACUACACUCCGAUGCCAAUAACCCAGGUAGAAACGCCCCUGGCAGCAGCCAGAGAACCCGGGCCGGCGAUAUAUCGUCUCCCUUACACUACUCGUCGUCCUCGGCUCACCACAACUCCGAAAACAACCGGGGACCCUCUUCUGGCAGAAAUAUCAGAACUGACAGGUUGACCAGUGAGGUCGACAGAAUCGUCAGAAGACACAAUAGAAGUGACAUCCAGGACACCACCUCAUCGCCCUUGAGAAGAAGAGCGUUCAUGGACUCUCCUCACGGGUCGCAAGAGUCCACACAACCGCCACCCAACCCCUCGUCGUCAAACCCCAAUUCUGACAACUUGACGGGCGCCGACGAUGAACCAGUCCGAGUGAUUUGGGGAACCAAUGUAUCGAUCCAGGACUGCUCCAACGCGUUCCGGGACUUCUUGAUGUCGUUCAAAAUGAAGUACAGACGAUUACAUGACCAGGGCGAAGUGGUGUUUGAAGAUAACGAACUUUAUUAUGUGCAACAAUUGAACAACAUGAGAGAAUUGGGCUUGACCAACUUGAACUUGGACGCCAAAAACUUGUUGGCGUACCCGGCAUCCCGCAAGCUCUACUACCAGUUGUUGAACUACCCACAAGAAGUGAUCCCCAUCAUGGACCAAACCACCAAAGACUGUAUGGUCUCAUUGGUGAUGGAUGACAACGGAUUUGACAACACCGCUACCACCAGCGUCGACGAGAUCGAAACCAACAUCUACACGGUUCGCCCUUACAACAUCAACCAGGUGGAACGAGGAAUGCGGGAAUUGAACCCCAAUGAUAUCGAUAAACUUGUGAGUGUCAAAGGUCUUGUGUUGAGAGCUACUGCCAUUAUCCCCGAUAUGAAGGUGGCCUUCUUCAAGUGUAAUGCCUGUGACCACACAAUCGCAGUGGAAAUCGAUCGGGGAGUGAUCUCAGAGCCAUCCAAGUGUCCACGAGAAGUUUGUGGCCAGUCGAACUCGAUGUCCAUCAUCCACAACCGAUCUUCGUUUGCUGAUAAGCAGGUGAUUAAAUUACAAGAAACCCCCGACUUAGUUCCAGAUGGACAAACCCCCCACUCCAUCAACUUGUGUGUUUAUGAUGACUUGGUCGACAGUUGCCGAGCUGGUGACAGAAUCGAGGUGUGUGGGAUUUUCCGGUCGUUGCCCGUGAGGUCUAAUCCCCGUAUGCGAGCUGUCAAGAGCUUAUACAAGACGUAUUUGGACGUGGUUCACGUGAAGAAAAUCGAUAAGAAACGAUUGGGAGCCGAUGUUUCGACCUUACAACAAGAAGCCACCGAUAAGGAGCAGGAGGUGGAACAGGUAAGAAAAAUCACUGCCGAUGAGAUCGAGAAAAUCCGUGAAAUCAGCCAGAGAGAUGACUUGUACGAGGUGUUGGCCCGGUCAUUGGCCCCGUCCAUCUACGAAAUGGACGACGUCAAGAAGGGAGUGUUGUUGCAGCUCUUUGGUGGGGCCAACAAGACAUUCAAGAAAGGUGGCCGGUACAGAGGAGACAUCAAUAUCUUAUUGUGUGGAGACCCGUCGACGUCCAAGUCCCAGUUGUUGCAAUACGUUCACCGUAUCUCUCCUCGAGGAGUCUACACGUCGGGUAAAGGUUCUUCGGCCGUGGGGUUGACAGCCUAUAUCACUCGGGACGUUGAUACCAAGCAACUUGUGCUUGAAAGUGGAGCGUUGGUGUUGUCGGACGGAGGAGUGUGUUGUAUUGAUGAGUUCGACAAGAUGAGCGACUCUACCCGGUCGGUGUUGCACGAGGUGAUGGAACAACAGACGAUUUCGGUGGCUAAGGCUGGGAUUAUCACCACUUUAAAUGCCCGGACGUCGAUUUUGGCGUCGGCCAACCCCAUCAACUCUCGCUACGACCCCAACUUACCCGUGACCUCCAACAUCGACUUACCACCUCCGUUGCUCUCGAGGUUUGACUUAGUAUACUUGAUGUUGGAUAAGGUGGAUGAGAAAAUUGAUAGGCAAUUAGCCCGUCAUUUGACCGAUAUGUACUUGGAGGAUGUUCCUGAUAAGGUCACCAACUAUUUCGUGUUGUCGGUGGAGUUCUUGACCACUUACAUUCAGUGGGCCAAAGAAAACAUCAAUCCGGUCAUUACACCUGAAAGUAAAAAUGAGUUGGUCAGAGCCUACGUGGAGAUGAGGAAAAUGGGGGAUGACAGCAGGGCGUCCGAGAAGCGGGUCACCGCUACCACCAGACAGUUGGAGUCGAUGAUCCGGUUAUCGGAAGCACACGCAAAGAUGAGGUUAUCGUCGACGGUGGACUUAAUUGAUGUUAAGGAAGCGGUACGGUUGACCAAAUCGGCCAUUAAGGACUAUGCCACCGACCCCAUCACCGGGCGUAUCGACAUGGAUAUGAUCCAAACCGGUACCACCUCGGCCCAGAGAAGAAUGCAAGAGGACUUGAAUAAUGAGGUGUUGUCUCUCAUUGAGGCCAAUAAUAAUGCCAUCAGGUUCAACGAGUUGGCGGUGAAGAUCAAUGAGAAGUCGUCGGUGAGGGUGGAAAAUACCGACUUGACUGAUGCUAUUAAGCGGUUGGCCCAGGAGGGCAAGGUGAUUGAAACUGGUGAUAGUCACCGGAGAACCAUUCGGAAGGCCAUGGGUGUAUAAUACUAUAUAGUGAUGAUAAAUGUUUAAGACUGAUAUGUGACCUCGAGAACUUCUUGAAACCUAGAUAACUCGCUCUAAAGACCUCGAGUUCUCUUGAACCCUACAAGAACUCGCUCUUGUUGGCCGUGGGUUUGGUGGGUUCUUCCACCAUCUGAAAGAGUUGGUUCAACUUCUCAUCAACAUCAAAAUCCAUUCCAUCCGACACCUGGCUCAAGAGACGGAGCUCCUUUUGGAGGUCGAUGUGCUCUCCGUGUUGGAGUCUUGCCAAAAUGUCGUUCAAGAUGAUCAUCCGGGCGUGGUGGGAGUCUCGGAGAGUGUCUAAUUGUUUUCUUCGGGCUAUGACCUCAGUGACGCAGGAGCCAAACACAAUGGUGAGGAAGAGGGACUUGGUGGUAGGGGUGCGAAGAACUUCUGUGAAGGUAGCCCUUCGACGAGGGAUGGCGAUGGAGUAGUGGCGCACGGGUGUGAGGUGGUGGCAGACUCGUGGGAGCCAAGGGCCUAUGAGUCGAGCCAUGGUGUUUAGUGCGAACUUUUGAAAUGAGAAAGGAAGGUUCAGUCUGACUCACUUGUUGACUAAGUUUGGAGGUAUCUUUAAUUCUGACUCAGCUGUUGACUAAGUUAUGGAGGUAUGUUUAAUUCUGACUCAGAAAUGACUCUUUGGUUUGUCUCUGUUUAUCUUUUCGCGCCCAAACUCAAAGUAUUAUUUCAAGUUUAUAUCUUUCGAUAUCUUUCCUAUCUCAUGAUAUCCAUAAGACCCAUUGCACCCAAAGAUAAACACGAGUGGUGGAAGCUCUGGUGCGACCCCGACGAAUCGUACCUCCAGACCACCGGGUCGCUCGCCAGCGUCUCGCCACUGACUACCGAAACCACCUUUUCCCGGUUUCUUGAUCCUAGAGUGCCAUUAUACGCGGCCGUCGCACAAGACUCAAAUGGUAAUUUGAUAGGGUUUGCCACAUACCUCACCCACUUGGGUACGAAGCUCACACAAGAGAACAUGUACCUCGGUGACUUGUACGUCAGUCCUUCGAACCGCCAGAAAGGUGCUGGUAGAAAGCUACUUGAAUUCGUGUUUAGUGAGGCCGAUCGACUUAACUGUCCCGGCUGCUUCUGGACCACCGAUAAGGAUAACCAGACAGCACAGCGGUUGUACAACAAGGUUGGGGUGCAAGCGGAUUUCGUGCUCUACAGACGAGCUUAAUGUAGUUGGUAUUUUAUAGUUCUACCUACGAGUUUGCAGUCGCACAGAAUGACAGAAGGAGGAUCGCGAUAAUCUAUUGAUUUUGUUUUAACCAAUGUCUGUAAAAGAACCGCUUCUUGACCAGCAAGAAUGGGAGAUGCAAACAGUCGAUCCAUAUGAAGAUAACUUUGCAUUUGCGCGGUUGCAUGAUUUGGCGAUGAAUCGUUAUCGUCAUCUAAUAUCAAGACCACAGUUGUUUGAUUUGCUACAACAAGCAUAUGAAAAUAGUCUAGAAAACAUCAGUGAAGCUGAACAACAAGAAACCCUUCGUAUUCUACGUGAGUUUGAUCCCAUAAGAUGGGACUUGCUUGUUGCAUAUGUGGAUGCAAAUUUGAACUACCAGAUGUUUUUGAAACGAUUAAUCAUGACAUCCACUACCAAGGGGGUGGAAAUAUCAAAGGACCGCCAAAAGAUUAUGUCUUGGUACUCCUUUACAGGGAAGGUGUCACCUGAGUAUCUGCAGUACCAAAGCUUUGCCGAAGCCCAUAUUCCAAAGGAGGGCCGCCCCUGCUUGAUCUUAACUUUUUGUGUGCUUCUGUUUUUCUUUUGGCUCGCCGGCCUCUUCAUCUAUUUACAGAACUAUUGAAGGGUUGUUUUCUUGUGUACAUUUGAAUAAAUAAUAAUUGAGUCUUA